AUGUCGAAUGGACCGAAUUCGUCGGAGUCCCCAGCAGAGGAGGGUAAAGUCCAGUCCCAGUUGGAAAUAAUGCCUUCUGGAUGCCAGCUGCUGGAGCUCAAACCUUCCAGCUUGCGUCUCACUGUAGAAAAUGUUAAAAAACUGGAAGAGGAAUAUCCUGUUGCUGGAUCUGUUCUCACCAGACUGUCAGUCGAAGCCUUUGUAAAGCAGAGCAAUCAGUUUUUAAACAGGAGUGAAACUAGUACUGAUGGAAGCAAGAAGCAGAAUCUGUCCGAGGAAAAAGAUUCAGAGACAGCUUCCAUGGUUCCUCACAAAGAAGAUAGCUCUGAAGAUUGCCCAAAAAAGGUUGAAGCCGUUUCAGAAAAAGAUCACCAGACAAGAUCUUCUGUACUUGAGACUGCAUCUUUGAAAAAACACGAAGUUGCUGAUUUGGAGACUCAGACAGAAUGGAGUUAUUCUGAUAUGUCAUCCACAGAUUCAAGUGAGCAAAGCACACGCAUAAGAGCGAUUUUCCCCAUAAGGCCUGGGACGCUGGAUGACUUGGACUGCCGCAAGCACCCCGGAAGCAAAGACUGCUCUCGGUUGCACGCAAGUCAGCCUUUGCACGACCACUCCAUCACAGAUCUGUGCCACCUUGGUUGCUGUGAGUUUUGCAGCAGUCACCUUAUGCCUAUACCAACAGCAGAGGAACUGAAUGAGAAACCAGAAGCAGUAGAAAAUUUUCUCUGUUGCAGAACAUACAAAGAGGUCUUUGAGUGUGUGGUCCAGGAGCUCCUGGAAAGCAAUGCCCCUGAAAGCGAAAUCGACAUCAGUCCUCACCCACGCCUUUCGCAGGCGCUGAUGGAGAGCAAGACUAAGAAGCUGAUAAAGGACGAGCUAGAGGAGCGAGGCUUUGAGAGCUACAGAGAAAUACUUAAGCAGUUUAUGAGGUUUGGCCAAUGUACCACAAUUAAAUUCCGAUUAUCGGACCAUCCGCCAAAGCCUCAAACAGCUGCUAAGAAGCGUCCUCCACAGCCCAAAGAACUACUGAAGAUAGAUGUGGAAUUCAAAGCAGAGCAAUUAAAGAUUUGCCAUCCUGAGAAGUUUGUGAAAAGAUACUAUCCUGAUGGAAAGAUAUUCUUUCUUCUGUUUCCAGAUGGAACAGGCCAAAUUUACUACCCAUCAGGUAAUAUUGCUGUCCUCAUUACCUACCUAAAGGACGUUCAGUACACCUACAUACUUCUCAGCGACAGCCCUUCUCAUGCAGUUCAGGCUUUCUUCUCCAAUCAAGGCUUUGCAGCGUGUUAUUAUCAAAAUGGAAAACUCAGGGUUAAUCUGGAUCUUUGCCUUGGUUCCUACUUUGAUCCAAAAGGAGUAAGACUGAAACACUGGAACUGGUGGGACACCGAUUGCCAUGUUCAUGCACCACCUUUCCAGCCCAUCUGCAUUCAGCUGAAUGUUUGCAUUCAGGUUAAAAUUGAAGCCCAGGAUCAGAUUUUCCUAACUUUCACUAAGCUUCAUGACUGCCUCCAACUGAACGUUGGUGCAAGACUCAAACUGAAAGAUCCAAACAUGCUGCAUUUCCUUAAAAGUUCUGAAGCUGGGAGACAGCUAAGCCACUCCAAGGUUCUGAAGAUCAGAAGUAUCUUAUCCAGCCUUCAGAAACUACUGAAAAAAAUCUGUUCUUUUCCACCUGAACGAACGGAGGACCAGCAUAGUCUCAUAAAAGACCUCUGUGACCUGGUGCAUUUGCGACAGAAAAGGACAGCUCAAGCUAAGCAAACGCAGUGA